AUGUCAUGUGGUCUAACCAUGAUUUUUUUACAUAAAAUAAUAUCCCACAUUUUUCAAUGACAAAAUUUCCUGUUUUCAUUUUUUGAAAUUGUGGUGACACCACUAGACCUAAACUAUAGCAUUUUAUGCGAAACUAGUAUGGUUUUCUUAUCAUACAUAUACAUUUUAAUGAGCUACAUUUAUUUGUUAUGAUUUCAGGCCAGUCCCACCCUGACUUUUUAACUUAUAAAACAAAUCUAAAUUCAUUUUAUUAUAGAAAUCAAAAACAUGCACCUUUAUGUAUACAUUUUAUUUAAAAGUAUAUUUGAAUAAACCAAUGGAGCCAGACACAACAAUGCGCAUCACUACCCCUAAUACAGCAUUACCAUUCAAACAGAAAUUAUUUUUAGCUGGCGCAUGAGCUCAUUUUGGCAGCCGCCAUCUGACAGUAAGUCAGUCAUACCGAAUGGCACAGCAUAAGGAGUAUUCCCAAGACCUGCAAUUUACCACGACUCUGAUUACAAUCCCCAGCCUAUUCUUUGUCUCUUGCUGUUUACAGGGCCCUUGCCACAUUCCUGCGAGUCACUCAUUUGUGAAAUCCCCAUACUUAAGCACAGGGAUCUGAUCAAAACGGUCACGGCAAACCAUCUGACUUGUAUGUCCAAACGUCUUGAUUCUUGACAGUCGUUUUCAUGGAGGAAUCUGGGUAUUUUCCCACUGAAUGGCAAUAGCAGCAGCCCUCCCUGCAUUGCAGCAGUGUAUCAGAGCAGAGAGAGGAGAGCCUGUGUGGCACACAGCAGCAGCCGCCCAAUCACGCGCCUCCGUGUGGCUCUCAAACCAAUCGGCAGCACACAGCUGAGGUUAAAGAUUGACAAUCGCUCUGAGAGCAGCAGGGAGAGCAAGGCCCUUCUGGAAAAUUCUGCACCCAUCUUUGUCUCAUCCCUCACUGCCUUUAUAUCUGAAAACAAAAAACACACAUUUAAAAGCUCAGCCUGAAGAACUGUAAAGAAAAGCUUGGCUGGAGGAGAGGGAAAGGAGUCAGAAGCAACUGAAGGGAUGGAAAUCGCAACACGAUCAAAAGUUUCUGAUCAAGGGUCAACAGAAAGGACAGUACCGAAGCGCAAGGUCUCCAGCCCUCCUCACUCCUCAAACGGACACUCUCCAUCUGAAUCCUCUCCCAGUCCUGUCAAAAAGAAGAAGAAACCAGGAGCCGUCAACAGCAGUAAAGACCAGUCAGAACUAAGACAUGGUCCCUUUUACUAUGUGAAGCAGCCCGCACUCACCACAGACCCUGUUGAUGUUGUACCGCAGGACGGGCGGAAUGACUUCUACUGCUGGGUGUGCCACCGCGAGGGCCAGGUGCUCUGCUGUGAGCUCUGCCCGCGCGUCUACCACGCCAAGUGCCUCAAACUGGCUGCAGAGCCUGAAGGAGACUGGUUCUGCCCUGAAUGUGAGAAAAUAACAGUUGCGGAGUGCAUAGAGACUCAAAGUAAAGCUAUGACGAUGCUCACACUGGACCAGCUGUCGUUCCUGCUGAAGUUUGCUCUCCAGAAGAUGAAGCAGCCUGGUACGGAGCCAUUUCAGAAGCCGGUGUCGUUAGAACAGCAUCCAGACUAUGCAGAGUAUAUAUUUCACGCCAUGGAUAUCUGCACUUUAGAAAAGAAUAUUAAAAAGAAAAUGUACGGCUCCACUGAGGCUUUUCUGGCUGAUGUGAAGUGGAUUUUGCACAACUGUAUCAUUUAUAACGGAGGGAACCAUAAGCUUACAGCAACGGCUAAAGUUAUUGUAAAAAUCUGCGAACAUGAAAUGAAUGAGAUCGAGGUCUGUCCCGAGUGUUAUCUCUCUGCCUGCCAGAAAAGGGACAACUGGUUUUGUGAACCAUGUAGUAACCCUCAUCCUCUGGUUUGGGCCAAGCUGAAGGGAUUCCCGUUCUGGCCUGCCAAAGCUCUUCGUGACAAAGACGGACAAGUGGACGCACGUUUUUUUGGGCAGCAUGACAGGGCCUGGGUUCCUAUUAACAACUGCUACCUCAUGUCCAAAGAGAUCCCAUUCUCUGUGAAGAAGACCAAGAGCAUCUUCAACAGUGCCAUGCAAGAGAUGGAGGUGUACGUAGAAAACAUUCGCAAAAAAUUUGGAGUCUUUAAUUAUGCACCAUUUCGCACGCCCUACACACCAGACAACCAGUUCCAGAUGCUCCUGGACCCGGCGAACCCCAGCGCAGGCUCCGUCAAACCUGAAAAACAGGAAAAGAUCAAGUUCAACUUUGAUGUAACUGCAUCUCCGAAGCUGCUUGUGGGAAAAAGCAUGGUGUCCAGUGGGAGUGGGACAGGAAGACGAAUCUCGAUGACAGACAUGCCGCGUUCACCUAUGAGUACAAACUCUUCAGCGCAUACUGGAUCUGAUGGAGAACAGGAGACGGCGGAGAAAGGUCACGCUAAAGCGGCUCUGCCCCAUUACAGCACUGGGGAAGAGUCUCAGGAUUGCACUGCAUCACCUGCUUCUUCUAGAGCAGGAAGCACUUUAGAGAGUCCUAAACCAUUUCACUCGCCUGCUCCCAACACCCCUGUUAAACAAGAGAAAACCCCAACCACCGGCAGCAUACUCAACCUUAACCUUGAUCGUAGUAAGGCGGAGAUGGACUUGAAGGAGCUAAGUGAAAGUGUCCAGCAGCAGCAGGGGGCUCAGCCCUCCCUCACCUCCCCAAAGAGACAGAUCAGAAGCCGCUUCCAGCUCAACCUGGACAAAACCAUAGAGAGCUGCAAAGCACAGCUCGGCAUAGAUGAAAUAUCUGAGGACGUGUAUAAAGGUGUAGAGCACAGCGAUUCAGAAGAAUCUGACAAGUCUGACUCCAGCGAUAGUGAAUAUGGCAGCGAAGAUGAACAGAAAUCUAAGAAUGGCCAGAAUAACAAAACCACUGCUGAGGAUAAAAAGGAGAAAGAGCCACCCAAGAAAAAGUCAAAACCAUCAGCAGCUGCUGGUGAGGACAAAGACACCAGCAAAGAGUCUAGUGCAACGGCCAGUACAAAGGCCAAAGCAGAAACUGGUCAAAAAACAAGCACCCCUGACCUGAUAGCUAAAGACAAAUCAGGUAUGGACUCGGAGAAAGAGCCUCCUGAGAAACUGAAAGCAGCUCCCGCAUCCCCAGAUGCCAGAGAAAAAGGCAAGAGCUCUGAAGAGGCCAGUCAGCCCGCAUCGGUGGAUGUAGACAUGGACUCAGACUCUGAGAGGGAGCUGGUCAUUGAUCUGGGAGAAGAACAGGCAGGGAAGGAGAGGAAGAGGAGCAGGAAAGAUUCAGCCGCUGUCACCGCACUCAAAGAACCAACAGCCUCCAAAUCUGAAGGUAAAACAACGCCAAUUACAAGUUCUCUCACCCAGCCUCAGAACACAGUCCUUUCCUCCUCUCCAACUAUGAAAGACCCAUCUCAAUCCCCCAUGGCCGUCCCCCUUAACAUAAUCCCCCUCACCGGAGCUGCGAGCAGCACCAGUCUGACCUCCUCCACUCUGCCCAUAAGCACAGCCUCCACCGCCAGCAGCUCCUCGCCCAUCAACACCAGCACAGUGAAGAAACAGCGGCCCUUACUGCCCAGGGAAACCGUACCUGUGGUGCAGCAGGCCGUCGUCUGGAACCCCUCCACUAAAUUUCAGACGUCCAGUCAGAAGUGGCACAUGCAGAAGGUGCAGAGACAGCAGCAGGGCCAAACACAGCCGGCCACACAGGCCCAGGUGUUGACGCAGGUGGAGCGCAACCAGCAGCCCCAACAGCAGGCACAGGUCUCCUCUUCCUCAUCUGGACAGCAGGCUUCGUCCAGCACCAGAUACCAAACACGACAGUCUAUGAAAGUACAGAAAGACUCCUCUCACACCACCUCCACCUCUGCGGUCACACUGGUAACCAGCACACCGGUGUCGGCCACCAUUAUGGCAGGAUCCACUGUCAGCUCUUCUUCAACAUCAGCCACAGCUGGAGACUUCCAGAUUCCCACCACCUCUGCAGACGUAGCGGCUGACAUAGCCAAGUACACUAACAAAAUCAUGGAUGCCAUUAAAGGGACGAUGAAUGAGAUUUAUAAUGAUCUUACCAAGAGUACAUCAGGAAACACAAUAGCUGAGAUUAGACGGUUGCGAAUUGAAAUUGAAAAACUGCAGUGGCUACAUCAGCAAGAGCUGUCAGAGAUGAAGCACAAUUUAGAACUAACCAUGGCAGAGAUGAGGCAGAGUCUCGAGCAGGAGCGAGAACGGAUCGUAGCUGAGGUCAAGAAGCAGAUGGAGAUGGAAAAACAGCAGGCUGUGGAUGAAACUAAAAAGAAGCAGUGGUGUGCAAACUGCAGAAAAGAGGCCAUUUUCUACUGCUGUUGGAACACCAGCUACUGCGACUACCCCUGCCAGCAAGCACACUGGCCUGAGCACAUGAAGUCCUGCACACAGUCUGCAACAUCAUCGCAGCAAGAACAAGAGUCAGAAGGCAGCACAGAUGUUACUCCAAAGGCUCCCGGGCAGCCAAACAAUGGACCCAACUCACCCAGAGAGACUGUAUCUUCCACACCUGCAGACAAAGACAGUGAAGUGGAUAAAGCCAAGGACAAUGUCACUGUCACAAUGUCCUAGCUCACAUGUACAAAACACACACUACAACAGCACUUACAUCUGUACAGCUGUACAUAGAUGUUGUCAAGCUCUUCAUUACAAAGUCCUUUUAACUACGUUUGUCUUGUUUGAAUGUACUUUUAUGUUACGACUACGUCUGAAUGUUCCAAAUCUAAGACCACUCGAUUAUUUCUUGCUGUAGAACUGAGAGAGUUGUCAAGUUUAUUUCUUUUGCGUAUGUAAGGUCUGUUGACAUUUUAGUUGGAGUCGCCAAAGUUAUAUUUAUAAUAUUGAGAGCACCUAAUCGUCUGAAAUUUUUCCAGAAUGAGUAAGCCAAUAGUUUGUUCGGUCUGAAAAACUAGUACAGAAUGUGGUUGCUUUUUAUUUGUAGUAUUAUCAAGAUCAUUCACAGUGGCAAUUUUUUUUAAUCUUCAUUUCAGAUCAGAAUUUUAAUUUUUUUUUUUUUUUGUAUUUUAAAGUACAGUACUGUGCUGGAUUCUUAGAAUAUCUUAUUUAUGAUAAUUCAUGCAAAGACCAUUUGGUUAUGAGACUACAUUAUAUCUUGUCCAUAUUUCGCUUGGACAAGUAAACACUGUUUCAAAAAAUAAGAUUAUUUUCUUGUUCUGGUUCGGUUGCGCGUCUCUGUGAAAAGAGAAAGGAUGCAACAACAUGUUGAAAAAUCUUUUAUCAAAAAUAGAAAAGAGUAUUAAAAAUCUGAGACAGGUUUCCGGUUAUGUCUUAAAGGGAUAGUUCAACCAAAAAUAAGAAUUCUCUCAUCAUUUUCCCACCCUCUACCACUUGUUUUAAGCAUGUAAGAGAUUCUUUUGUUUGCUUAUACACAUAAUAAACAUGUACUAAUAACAGAAAUAUGAACAUACUUAUGAUUUACGAGGAACGACAUGUUAAAUGAAUCAUGUGAUUACAUCGUGGAAGAGCAUCGAGUGGGAUUGGUUCUUUGAAAUGCACUGUUUGACUGAACUGAUUUUGCUGGGGAAAAUAGAAGUGCAGGGUGAGUAAACGGUAAUUGAAUUAGAAUUUUUUUGGGUUGAACCAUCUGUUUAAAUGCCUUUCAUUUUCGUUCACCUCUGAGAUACUGUUGAUGUUAUAGUUUUGUCAUCAGUAUCAAUUGUUUUUCAUUUGAAUUUGCCUUACAGUUGAAAAUUCAAUGUUGAACGACUAUUGUUGGUGUAAAAAAUGUUUUUGUCAUUUGCGUCCUUCUUGAUCUUUCAAAAGAGCUGAAUAUUUUUUAUUUAAACACUGGCCAAUUUUACAGAUUUUUAAAAAAAUCUGAUUUUAACAUGACUGUAACUUCACAAAUUCUGUAUGUAAUGUAAGAAGGUACUUGUUUAAUGUUUUUUAUUUUUUUUUAUUUUGCAUAUAUCAUUCAUUUUGAUGCUGUAUUCUUUGUGAGUGAAGAGCAGAGUCGUAUGACCCCAUAAGAUACUGUAUAUGUGAACCACAAGCAGAAACAUUCCUUUGUUAUGCUGUUAAUAGUGCAUAAAUAUGUUAUUCCAAACCAUAUACAGAAAAAGAAAGAGGAUUUCUGUCUAAUGAAGAACCAGUAGAUGUUUACAUAUUGUAUAUAAAUAAAGAUCUGGUGGUCUGAAUUGUAAUUUAGUUUUUGUAUGGUGCAAGUGUAUUAAAGAGAACACCUGAUGCAAACGUUUCAAA